AUGCGCCCCGACGUCCCCUCCGUCGCGACGCCGCCCCGCGCCGCGCCCAUUACCUGCACGGUCAACGCCAACGGCGAGACGAAGCGGCAGCGCACCUCGUACACCCGCUACCAGACGCUGGAGCUGGAGAAGGAGUUCCACUUCAACCGCUACCUGACGCGGCGGCGGCGCAUCGAGAUCGCGCACGCGCUCUGCCUCACCGAGCGCCAGAUCAAGAUCUGGUUCCAGAACCGGCGCAUGAAGUGGAAGAAGGAGCACAAGAUGGCCAGUAUGAGCGUCGUUCCGUACCCGCUGGGCGGGCCGCAGCUGUCCCCGUACGACUACAGCCCCGUGCACCAGCAGUACCCGUACCCGCAGUUCGCGCACCUGGCCACCUAGGGCGCCCGCGGCGCCGCGCCCACCCCGCUGCCCCCGCCGGGCGUCGAACGAGGCCCAUGGGGGAGGUAGCCCCGCGGCGCCGUGCGGCUCGCUACUCCUCGAGACUGAGUUUUCGCCGCGGCACAGCGAGUGCCGGCCGGAAACGCGCAACCCUCCGGGCAGAGAAGGCUUCAAGGGUGGCUCCCGGAGAACUUUGUUUUUUGGAUACCUGAGAAACGCGUCGCAGAAAAUAGCUCUAGAAGGCUUCACCUUGAUCUUACAUUGCGCUUGCGAUUCCCUUACAAUCGAGUGAACUCUGUUACACGGGGACGGUUCUGCCGGACUAUGCACGACUGUCCCUCGAUGAAACUCGAAUAAGUGACAAAGUAUUUCAUUGGUACGUCAACUUCAAAACAUGAUUGAAGUUAAACUUGUGCCCCUAAACAAUGAUAUAACCACAUGGAAAGUCAGUCGCGACCUGAUGGACUCGAGACCCUUUAUAGAAGUUCCUUGUCAAUCGAUGUCGAGGCAUCAGUGAGUGACUUCGUUGUGUAAAAGGAGGUUGUGAGUGUACGAAACAACGAAAAACAAUUCGAAGAAGUUCUCUCUGCUUCGUAUUACCUACCGUCAGGGUUGUGGUGUGUAACAUGGUGAAGGAAACAAGCUCGGCGCCGUCCCACGCUGCCUCUCUGUUCCCGCAAGCGAACACUGUAAAAAUGCGGCCCUGUCGCCCAGUCUUUGAAUUCCGGGUUCGUUUCUUCAGAGGUAUGAUCUGUACUGAAUAAUACGAAAAGAAAUCUUACGCUCUGAAAAAUACUAGGCAGCGUUCGCUGACUGUGCCUCGUUUUCCUAUAAGCGUGCCCGGAUUUGAGAUUAUGGUUUCCUAAAAUACACUUAUGCACGCGUCUGCAAAAUCUUAGUUUCUCACAUAGGUUUUGAAACGGGCUUCAUAUAUCACGCAGGCUGCGAAGUUCCUAAGUGGAAGCAAUACCACUGUCAAGUAAAAUAAAAAAAUAGAGUGAAUUAUAGCACAAUGGUGAAAACAAUUCUGACAUCAAAGCUUCUUAGACAAGAGUUCGUGAUUUCUUUCAUUUGGUGAUAUUUAUUGAAAAUUAAAUAAUUUUUAUUUAAUUUCACGAUUCUCUUUGAUUUUUUCACUUGUUUUCAAUAGGUUUAGGCGCUUGUAACUCCGCAAAUGAACAGUUUUUCACGCGAUUCUCCAUACAUCCUUCACAAUCAGCUAUGUAUUCCUCGCAAAUAGUGACCUCAUUCAUUAUUUCC